CAAAAUUUCAGUCCACAAGUAUAAUGAAGUAUUGCAUCUGCAUCUUGUUUUCGUAAUUGCAUGGUGAAGUUUGUUACCCUGCACAUCGUCAAUGGCCUACAGACAUAUUUUGUGCAGUUGAUAUUGAGUGAACACUUUCCUCAAAGAGAAGAUUGAUGUUGAAAGAAACUGAAGUCUGUGCUAAUUAAGUCAUAAUGCUGAAAAUAAUAAAGAUACCAGCUCUAUCUUGUUUACAAGCAAGAUCAUUAUGCCUUGGGCAUUUUGCAAGAGCAGUUGCAAAUUUCCAUUGGAAUCACAGUGUAAAUGUCAGAUUCCAAGAAAAUAAAAUAAACAAUAGACAAUUGCAUUUAAGCUGCUAUACACCUAUCUUGUUAUUCCAUGCAGUGGAUCAGUGCAGGACACUUAGUGAAAAAAGAACAAGUUCAGUGAAUAAGGUUUUACCCACAGACAAUGUUCAUUGGAGGCAGUUCUCAAGUUUUCACCUGAUGAAUUUUAAUACAGAUAACACUAACAAAUUGUCAUCAUUAUUGAACUCUCAUUGCUUAAAUGAUGGUAGAAUUAUCCAGAAAAGAAGAUUCAAGCUUUCCCCACAAGGAAUUUUAGAGGCUUCUCCAGCAGUUUUACAACCCUACAUGAGACUGAUCCGAUUUGACAAACCGAUUGGUACCUGGUUAUUAUUUUGGCCCUGUACUUGGAGUAUCGCCCUGGCCACUGCCCCAGGCAGCCUGCCAAGCCUGUGGCUACUAGGAUUGUUUGGGGCGGGGUCAUUUUUCAUGAGAGGGGCGGGGUGUAUCAUCAAUGACAUGUGGGACAAAGACUUUGACCGGAAGGUGGAGAGAACAAAGUUACGUCCCUUGGCCAGUGGAGAGUUGUCUCAGUUUCAGGGUUUGGUGUGUCUAGCUGGGAUGUUGUCAAUAUCACUGGGUAUUCUUCUACAGCUUAACUGGUACAGUGUUGUCCUUGGAGCAGCAUCAAUGGGACUGGUGAUCACAUAUCCCCUCGCAAAGAGAUACACAUUCUGGCCACAAGCAUUACUAGGAGUGACCCUGAACUGGGGUGUCCUGAUUGCCUGGUCGGGUAUACACGGCUGCUUACAGUUACCAGUUAUCCCCCUUUACUUGGCCUGCAUUCUUUACACUAUCACCUAUGAUACCAUUUAUUCCCAUCAGGAUAAAUAUGAUGACAUGCUGAUAGGCGUGAAGUCUACAGCUCUGAAGUUUGGGGAUCAAACCAAGACGUGGUUGGCCGGAUUUGGGACAGGCAUGGUGUCAUUACUGGUUCUUACAGGGAAGAUGUGUGAUCAGACCUGGCCUUAUUACACAGCUGUGUCACUGACAGCUGCUCAUAUUGCUCACCAGUUGUACACAGUAGACUUGGAAAAUCCUGACGACUGCGCUAAAAAAUUCCGCUCCAACACCCAACUUGGUUGUGUAAUGUUCCUUGGAAUUGUUUUAGGAACUCUUUUAAAGCAGGAGGAAGGGAAUUCAAACCAAAAGAAGACAGUUUGAGCAAAACUAAGAUAUUGCAUUAUUAUUGAAAGUCAAAUUAUAAAGAAUUUAUUAAUGUUUUUAUGUACAUGUUUUUUGCAAGUGCAUGUAUUAAGGCAUAGUUUUUAUGCCCCUCUAAUGGAAGAUUUGGGGGCAUAUAGUUUUUGCCCUGACUGUCUGUCUGU